AUGGACAACAGUGACAACAGCACCAGGGACAGUAGUAACAUCAGCACCAGGGACAUUAACAACAACAGCUCCAGGGACAGCAGUAACAACAGCGCCAGGGACAGCAGCUACAGUAGCAGGGACAACAGUUUCAAUAGCACCAGGAACAACAGUUACAGCAGUACCAGGGACAGGAGUUACAACAGCACCAAGGACAGGAAUAACAACAGCACCAGGGACAACAGUUACAGCAGCACCAGGGACAUCAAUUACAGCAGCACCAUGGACAGCAGUGACAACAGCAACAGGGAGUAUAGUAGCAUCAGCACCAGGGACAUUAGCAACAACAGCUCCAGGGACAGCAGUAACAACAGCACCAGGGACAGCAGCUACAGCAGCACCAGGGACAACAGUAACGACACAACCAGGGACAGCAGUUACUGCAGCACCAGGAACAACUGUUACACCACCAGGAUCAGUUGCUACAACAGCACCAGGGACAGCACAUCAGGGACAGCAAUUACAACAGCACCAGGGACAGGUAUUGCAACAGCACCAGGGACAGGAGUUACAACAGCACCAGGGUCAGUAGUUACAACAGCACAAGGGACAAUAGGUACCACAACACCAGAAACAGCAACUACAACUGCGCCAGUGACAUUAGGUACAACAGCUCCAGGGACAAUAGUUACAACAACACCAGGAUCAGUUGGUACAACAGCACCAGGGACAACAGUUACAACAGCACAAGGUACAGGAAUAACAACAGUACCAGGGACAGCAGUUACAACAACAUCAGGAACAGCAGUUACAACAACACCAGGAACAGCAGCUACAGUUGCACCAGGGACAACAGUUACAACAUCACCAGGGACAGCAGCAACAGCAGCACCAGGGACAGCAGUUACAACAGCACAAAGGACAGUUGUUACAACAGCACAAGGGACAACAGUUACCAGAGCACCAGGGACAGCAGUUACAACACCACCACGGACAGCAGCUACAGUAGCACCAGGGACAACAGUUACAACAGCACCAGGGACAGCAGCAACAGCAGCACCAGGGACAGGAGUUACAACAGCACAAGGGACAGUUGUUACAACAGCACCGGGGACAGCAGUUACAAAAGCACCAGGGACAGCAGUUACAACAGCACCAGGGACAGGAAUUACAACAGCACCAGGAACAACAGUUUCAAUAGCACCAGGGACAACAGUAACAGCAGCACCAGGGACAGGAGUUACAACAGCACCAGGGACAGGAAUAACAACAGUUACAGCAGCACCAGGGACAUCAAUUACAGCAGCACCAUGGACAACAGUGACAACAGCACCAGGGACAGUAGUAACAUUAGCACCAGGGACAUUAGCAACAACAGCUCCAGGGACAGCAGUAACAACAGCACCAGGGACAGCAGCUACAGCAGCACCAGGGAGAACAGUUACAGCAAUACCAGGGAUAUCAAUUACAGCAGCACCAUGGACAACAGUGACAACAGCACCAGGGACAGAAGUAACAUCAGCACCAGGGACAUUAGCAACAACAGCUCCAGGGACAGCAGUAACAACAGCACAAGGGACAGCAGCUACAGCAGCUACAGCAGCACCAGGGACAACAGUAACGACACAAGCAGGGACAGCAGUUACUGCAGCACCAGGGACAACUGUUACAACAGCAUCAGGGACAGCAGUUACAACAGCACCAGAGACAAGAAUUUCAAUAUUACCAGGAACAGCAGUUACAACAGCACCAGGGACAGUAGUUACAACAGCACCAGGGAUAGUAGUUGCAACACCAUCAGGGACAACACUUACAACAGCACCAUGGACAGGAGUAACAACACAACCAGGGACAGCAUCUACAACAGCACCAGGGACAGGGAUUACAACAGCACAAGGAACCACAGUUACAACAGCACCAGGGACAGGAAUUACAACAGCACCAGGGACAGCAGUUACAACAACACCAGGGACAGUGAUUACAACAGCACCAGGGACAACAUUUACAACAACACCAGGGACAGUAGUUACAGCAGCAACAGGGAAAACAGUAACAACAGCACCAGGGACAUUAGUUACAACUGCACCAGGGACAGCAGUCACAACAGCACCAGGGACAGGGAUUACAACAGCACAAGGGACAGCAUUUACUGCAGCACCAGGGACAACUGUUACAACAACAUCAGGGACAACAGUAACAACAGCACCAGGGACAGCAGUCACAACAGCACCAGGGACAGCAGUUACAACAACACAGGGGACAAAAGUAACAACAGCACCAGGGACAGCAGUAACUGCAGCACCAGGGACAACUGUUACAACAGCAUCAGAGACAGCAAUUACAACAGCACAAGGGACAGGUAUUACAACAGCACCAGGGACAGGAGUUACAACAGCACCAGGGUCAGUAGUUACAACAGCACAAGGGACAACAGGUACCACAACCUCAGAAACAGCAGCUACAACUGCGCCAGUGACAGUAGGUACAACAGCUCCAGGGACAAUAGUUACAACAACACCAGGAUCAGUUGGUACAACAGCACCAGGGACAACAGGACAGGAAUUACAACAGCACCAGGGACAACAGUUUCAAUAG